AUGAAGUUCGGGAAGAGGUUGAAGCACCAAAUGCAGGAGACGUUGCCGAGCUGGCGUGACAAGUUCUUGUCAUACGAUCACUUGAAGAAGCUUGUGAGGCUGAUUUCUUCGGCUCCUGCAAUGUUGAUUGGCAAGUCCGGUAAGGCGAAGGCGCAGUUUUUGUACGUGUUGAACAAUGAGAUCGACAAGUUCAAUGCCUUCUUCAUGGAGCGGGAGGAGGACUUCAUUAUAAGACACGAGGGAUUGCGGCAGAGAAUUAGAAAAGUAACUGAUACAUGGGGACCGAAUGAUAGCCAUUCUUCAAAGAUUAUGUAUGAAAAUGAAGUGGGGAAGCUUAGGAAAGACAUUGUUGAUCUCCACGGCGAAAUGGUACUCUUGGUCAACUACAGCAAUAUCAAUUACACAGGAUUGGCUAAAAUACUGAAGAAGUAUGACAAGAGAACCGGAGCUCUGCUGCGCUUGCCAUUCAUCCAAGAAAUACUAGAGCAACCCUUCUUCACCACUGAUCUGAUCUCAAAACUUGUCAAGGAGUGUGAAGGCACCAUUAAUACAGUGUUUCCGGUAGAAGAAGAAGAAGAGAGGAAAAUAGAAGUAAGGGAAGCAAUGACAGUUACCGGGGAAGGAAUAUUUAGAAACACAGUUGUAGCUCUCUUGACAAUGCAAGAAAUCAGAAGAGGAAGCUCUACUUACAGUAAGUAUUCUCUACCUCCAAUCAACUUGCCUGCAGACUUGGAUAUCAUCCGGUUAGUCCAACUCAACCCUUCCAUACCAAUAGUCUAG